ACUUCACUGCGCUCGAAUAACGGGACUCUACUGUCGCCAUUGGAUAACUUCACCAAAACAACCCUCCAUAAAAGUGCUAUCGUGCAUACUUUCGGAGUAAAACAUCAACUUAGCUCGUAAAAAGCGGAUCGAAGUUGCACGUUUCGGUCGGUUGUGGGCUGGACUUGUUGAGAGAAAAACAUUGGAUACACGUAUUCAGCAGCGAAGAGAGGACGACUGCACUGGACGGCGAGCAACAUGCCAGGGAAACUAUGUGGAACCAACUACCCAACCAGUAUCUGUUUUAUUGUGGUGAAUGAGUUUUGCGAGCGCUUCUCCUACUAUGGCAUGAAAGCCGUGUUGACGCUGUACUUCCUGUCAUACUUACACUGGGACAAGGACCUGUCCACAGCUAUAUACCAUGCCUUCAGCAGCCUCUGCUACUUCACCCCCAUCCUGGGAGCCAUCAUCGCAGACUCAUGGCUUGGCAAGUUCAAAACUAUCAUCUAUCUGUCAAUUGUUUAUGUCAUUGGUCACGUGGUCAAGUCAGUUGGAGCCAUUCCCACUGUAGGAGACACCAACAUGCACAUAGCUCUGUCCAUGAUUGGACUCAUUCUGAUUGCAUUUGGGACCGGAGGGAUCAAACCGUGUGUUGCAGCCUUCGGAGGAGACCAGUUCGACGAGGAGCAUGUGAGUGAGAGGCAGAAGUUCUUCUCUGUGUUCUACAUGUCAAUAAAUGCCGGAAGCCUCCUGUCCACCAUCAUCACCCCCAUACUCAGAAGUGAUGUGCAGUGCUUUGGCGGUGACUGUUAUGCUCUGGCCUUUGGGGUCCCUGCUGCUCUCAUGGUCGUGGCUUUGGUGGUGUUCAUUGGGGGCAGUGGGAUGUACAAGAGAAACCCCCCACAGGGAAACGUGCUGCUGGAAGUCUGCAACUGCAUCGGAUUUGCCAUUAAAAACCGCUGGAGGAGCUCAAAGAAUGAGGCCAAGAGGAAGCACUGGUUGGAUUGGGCUGAAGACAAGUACUCGAAGCGUCUGAUUCAGGAGGUCAAGAUGGUGCUCAGGGUUUUGGUGCUGUACAUCCCGCUGCCAAUGUUCUGGGCUCUGUUUGAUCAACAGGGUUCUCGCUGGACUCUCCAAGCAACAAGGAUGAACCUGGCUUUUGGACCUUCCUUCACCAUUGAACCAGACCAAAUGCAGAUGUUGAACGCUCUGUUGAUCCUGGUCUUCGUCCCCAUUUUUGACCUCAUCAUUUACCCGCUCAUUGGCUGCUGUAAAAUCAGCAUCACGCCUCUGAGGAAAAUGGCAACUGGGAUGAUCUUUGCAGCAUUGGCCUUUGGAGCUGCAACAGUGGUAGAGAUCAAUGUAGUGAAAACAGUUGUAAGUCCGGCCCCAGCUCAGAAAGCUCUUCUCCAGGUUUUGAACGUAGCAGAUCGUGACAUCACAGUGACACUGCCCAAUCAGGUCCCCCCCCUCGGGUCCUUCCAGGUCCUGCAGGACCCAGAGUACAUGCCUGUUCUUCUGCAUAAUUCAAGUGCAGAGUUGAAUUUUCUUAUUGAUUCAAAUGGAGUAAACUUUGAAUGUAUCCAAACUGUCAAUGAAACUACAGCCAACAGCCUCAUCGUGUACUCACAGGGGACAGGACUCACAUGCAAACUGGUGGAGGACCAUAUUGAGAAAAGCGGGGAUGGGAAACCUCUUCUAAGGUUUUUGAACAAUCUGUCGGAGGAUGUAAAGGUUACUGUGGAUAACGUGGAUUUUGAAAUUUCUUCAGGAUUCACCAUGUCUAAAAAUCAGACUGUGAGCAGAGGAGUAUAUUCAAGUGUGGAGCUCUGUCUCGUGCCGUCAAAUUCGUGCUCAAAUUUGGACCUGGGUCUGCUGGACUUUGGAGCCUCCUACACCUAUGUUAUCUACUAUGAGAAGGACAGUACAGUGGCCGUGAAGAGGACAGAGGAUGUUGAAGCCAAUAAUGUCCAUGUGGCCUGGCAGAUCCCUCAGUAUGUACUAAUGACAGCAGGAGAGGUCAUGUUCUCCAUCACGGGACUGGAAUUCUCCUACUCACAGUCUCCAGCAAACAUGAAGUCAGUGCUGCAGGCGGGCUGGCUCCUCACUGUGGCCUUUGGGAAUGUUAUUGUCCUCAUCGUGGCCGAGGGAGCAGGACUAGAACAGUGGAAAGAGUUUGUGUUGUUUGCUGGUUUGCUCCUGUUUGUCUGCGUCAUCUUCUCCAUCAUGGCCGUCUUCUACACGUAUGUGGACCCAGAGGAGAUGGACAAAGUUUAUAUGGAGGACUCAAAGUACGGCAGCAUGGAGAAGAAGAGACGACCAUCAGACAAUCUACAGAUGAACAGAAAAGGGAAGAGCACUAAACUGUGACACAGACUGUGGUUUUACAUGUGAGAGAUUUAUUGUAAUGACACAAGCAAUGAGGAAAUCAAAUGUGUUUAUGUUGUACUUUUGUCUGAUGAAAUCUUUAAAUGUGAUUUGUGGUUUGUAUAUUUUUAAGUGUUUUUUUAAGUAUUCAGUGUUGGGAAGUAACUGAUACAUACUUAUACCAGAAAUACCAAAUAUCUGAAUACUAAUUUUGAGUAACUGUAGUCCAGUACAGUUACAAAUGGUACAACAGAUGUUUCAAUUCUAUGUGUAAUUUUUAUAAUAUAAUACAAGAAUACAUUACAAAAUAAAUUUGAAUUGUUGUUGGGUCCUGGUUGGAGCCCAGAUGUAGACUUGCUUUGAUCCUGUUCUAGACCUGCUUUAUGUUUUGGUCUAUUCCAGGAUUUGUUCUGAAAUGUGUUUUCAAAGUAUUCUUCCCAACACUGAAAGUAUUUAUAGAUAUUUCAAUAUUGCAUUUCAAUAUUUUUUCUAAAAAAUUCCACAAGCCCUCAAGUCAGUUCAAGUCAUAAAGCAGGUAUAAGAAGUAACUCAAGUUUGCACUUUAUCUAUACGCUGUACCAGGAUCUGUAGUCCCAGACCAGACAGAUCAAGUACUACUACUAAUCUUAAUCAUCUUAUUCUUAAUUCUAUAACCUUAAAAUAUUUCCAUUUCAACCACUUAUAUCUUAGCUCCAACAAAAUAGUCAAAAGUAAAAUUAACAUGUUUUCAGGAUUAAUCUAGCAGCAUGUUGUGGAUACCUUACCCUCAAUUCAAUUAUGUGUUUACUGCCAGAUCUGUUUAUAAUACAUGCUGUAUCAAAUAAUAACAAUGUAGCUGUGUGUUAAAGGUGCACUAUGCAACUUUUCUUGUGCCGUUUUCAUCCAAGUGCUUUUUUCCAUGGAGAUGUAAUUGCCAAGUUACUGGUCAGAUCUAUGGAGAUUCAACUCCAUUCACAGUAAUAAUGCAUGUAUUAAAUGCCAGAAAAAUAAGUUGAAUGUCAUACCAUGGAACUUCCCAUUCAAAGCAAUGAAUGGCAGCAAGCCAAAAAGUUACAUAGUGCACCUUUAACUUUGUGUUGAACAUUUUGGUAAUCAUAUAUUUUGAUUGCUGUAAAAAUUUUACAUUGGUCAUAUUGUUUACAUUGUGUUUGCACAAAUUAAAUAAAGAAGAACCAUCUAUUAUUAUUAUUAUAAAAUAAACUAUUAAAC